AUGGCGAACCUGACGGCGGCGGAUGGCCUUCCGCCCCUUCCGCCGUACACCCUGACCCCCCGUGCGCCGCUGGUCCCUCCCAUCCCCGACAACAUCGCCGUGCUCAUUCUGCCCGUCAUCGCCUACUGGGUGGUCUCCAUGCUCUUCCACUGGAUCGAUGUCAACGACUACUUUGCCCAGUACCGCCUCCACACCCCCGAAGAGCUCCUCAAGCGCAACCACGUCACCCGCUGGGAGGUCGUCCGAGAUGUUAUCGUGCAGCAGAUCAUCCAGACCGCCGUCGGCUUGGCCAUGGCGUACAUUGACGGGACCGAGUACACGGGCAAGGAGGACUACGAGGUGGCUGUCUGGGCACGCCGCGUGAGACUGGCACAGAGGGCCCUGCCACGGCUCCUGGUGCUCCUCGGCGUGAAUCCGGCUGGUCUAGCUGGCAAGCUGUCCGCCUAUCCUGCCCUGGCAGCUGCCAUCUCCGGCGGCCAAUACUCCUUUCUUACGCAGAAGAUCGUGUCCGACACGGGGAGCGUCGUCGUGGCACCGGCAUUUGCCAGGUGGGAGCUCGUCGUGGCCGGCGCGAUAUAUUGGUAUCUCGUCCCAGCCGGCCAGUUCCUUUUUGGCGUGUUCUUUGUGGAUACUUGGCAGUACUUCUUGCAUCGUGCGAUGCACAUGAACAAGUGGCUUUACACGACAUUCCAUUCCCGGCACCACCGUCUUUAUGUCCCUUAUGCCUUUGGUGCCCUGUACAAUCAUCCCGUUGAGGGCUUCUUGCUAGAUACCGCAGGCACCGGCCUUGCGUUUCUAAUCUCCAGAAUGAACUCGCGCCAAGGGAUGUGGUUCUUUACCUGCUCAACCAUCAAAACCAUUGACGACCAUUGUGGCUACGCCUUUCCGUUCGAUCCUCUGCAGCACAUCACCUCCAACAACGCCGCAUACCAUGACAUCCACCAUCAAAGUUGGGGCAUCAAGACCAACUUUUCUCAGCCGUUCUUCACUUUCUGGGAUCGGCUGCUGAACACAAAAUGGACCGGCGGGGAUGUCACCCUCCGCUACGAACGAUCCCGUGUAGCCGCCCAGCGACUAGUCGAUGCGGACAAAGUCAAGGAGGAACCCGUGAUGGCCGAGCCCAAAGCAGCGGCAAGGGACGAGGACGAGGCUACCUCACGCAGUAUCCUUGCCAAAAGUGUAUGCAAAAAGACGGCUCCAUUUUCGUCGCGGCGGAAACGCUAA